UCUGACUCGGCCCGGCCAUUUUUUACGUCACCAAACGUCAUCAGGAAGUCCACUGACUGCUGAAACCAAGGCGACAUCAUGGCAGAAUACACAAACCCACGUGAGUGUGACGGUGAUGGAGUUGCUGACGAGAUGCCCGAUCUCUCUGACGGUGAUGAUGAAGACAUUGAUAAUGAUGAAGAGCAGUGGAUGGAGGAGGAGGAGGACGAGGAGGACAGUCAGCCAGUUACCGUUACCUGUCUGUUCUGUGACAGGUUGCUGAGCUCUGUGCCUGCCACCCUGCAGCACUGCACAGCUGAGCACCAGGUCAACCUUGUAGACUUGAUAAGAAAACACAAUCUAGAUGACUACGGUUACAUAAAGAUGAUCAACUACAUACGCUCAACAAAAUGUGUUGCAUCCUGUCUGACGGGGCUGCCAGGCGCUCCCUUACCCUGGGAGGGCGAAGACUUCCUGCGACCAGUCCUACAGGACGACCCCCUGCUGCAGACAGACCCUGAGGAGCUCUGUGAGGGGUCAAGCCUGUCGACGUGCCCGUCGUCUGGGGCACAAUCCCAUGAUGCACUGCAGCAGCGGGCACACGUCGCUGAGGAGAGAGCCCGAAGCUCAGAGGAGGCCCUGGCCAGAGCCAUGGAUGACCUGCACAAACUCAAGCUGCUGGCCCAGGGUUUGGUACUGAAUGCAGAAACCGGCAGAUCUGGUAACACAGGCGCUGUGGCCGAGCUCCGGGAGGACGAGGACGAGGCCUACUUCAGCUCAUACGGCCAUUAUAGCAUCCACGAGGAGAUGCUGAAGGAUAAAGUGCGCACGGAGAGUUACCGUGACUUCAUGUACCGCAACCCCGAAGUGUUCAGAGACAAGGUGGUGCUCGAUGUGGGCUGUGGAACUGGCAUACUGUCCAUGUUCGCUGCCAGAGCUGGGGCCAAGAAGGUCAUAGCAGUCGACCAAUCAGAAAUCAUCUAUCAGGCCAUGGACAUAGUCAGGUCCAACCAGCUGGAGGACAAGAUCACUCUGAUCAAAGGCCGCAUAGAAGACAUCAAGCUCCCUGUGGAACAGGUGGACAUCAUCAUCUCAGAAUGGAUGGGUUACUUCUUGCUGUUUGAGUCCAUGUUGGACUCUGUCCUGUAUGCCAGAGACCUCUACCUGGCUGACGGUGGCUCAGUAUAUCCAGACCUUUGUAACAUCAGCCUGGCAGCGGUCGGAGACACACAGAAGCACCAAGACCACAUUGCAUUCUGGGAUGACGUGUAUGGCUUCAACAUGGCGUGCAUGAAGAAGGCAGUGGUGCCUGAGGCUAUGGUGGAAGCGGUGAAAACAGAAACACUCAUCUCUGAACCUACAGUCAUACAGACAAUUGACUGUAACAGAGUGUGUCUGUCUGAGCUGGAGUUUGCAUCCGAUUUCUGCUUGAAGAUAACAAACACCACAGACUGCACGGCAAUUGUCGGCUACUUUGACAUUUUCUUUGACAAAGGCUGCAGCAACAAGGUGAUGUUCUCCACGGGUCCUCAGGUCACAAAGACGCACUGGAAACAGACUGUCUUCCUUCUGGAGAGGCCUAUGUCUGUCCAAGCAGGAGAGGAGCUCCAGGGAAAGAUCACCGUGCGUAAAAACAAGAAGGACCCUCGCUCACUGUUGGUCACGUUUGACUUCGGAGACAGGAAGCUUACUUACAGCCUGCAAUAGUGUCAGCCAUCGCAUGGUACAACAUCCAGCAAAUACAGCCUGCUUUUUAACUGACCAUUCAUGUAUUCAAAUGGUUUUCAUGUUUUGAAUGUAAGGAUUGUUUCUCUGCCUUGUAA